GGUCGUCAGCAAAGGACGUGCGUCGUGGCGAAUACAUUUACUGGGUGCAAAUCGCAGCGGAGCGUGCGGCGUGCGUAAGUCCGGAAUUCCCUUUAACUUUUCGCAAAACAACUAAAAGUCCGUGCAGCAAGUGCAAACGGCAGUCCUCGCCGAAGUAACUCAUUAAACAGUUUACGCAGACAAGAUAAAUACGCACAAUAAAUGCGAGGCACAAGGCAAACAUAAUUAAUUACGCCGCUGUGAAGUGAGUGCGUGUGUUGAAAAAAUCAAAAUUAAUUGCAUUUCAAGCGUUUUUAAAUACGCAUCGAGUGCCGUUGUCAAUCGGCUGGAUUUUCUGCGGUUUCACUGGAGCGAGCAUAAACAACAGAACUCCGAGCUCAAGUGAAGUGUUGUGAGAGUGGCCAGCGUUUCGGUGGGUCGCUUGUUGUGCGCGCAAUUUCCGGUUUCCGUUUCCGCCGGAGCAACGUCCGUGUCCGGCCGACUAGGCACAACAUUAAUUUGCCAACGCCGAAGAGUAAUAACAGCUCGCAUAAAAACCCCAGUUUUUUGCCCAAAAACAAACAAGACAGAAAGUGCUAGGGUUUGUUUGAGGAGUAGACUUUAGUCCCCAGAGUAACUUAGGAAAAUAUUUAAAUACUCGGAGCGCAAGUGAAUCUAUAUCUUCUGGUUCUGCAAAGUGAUACCUAGUUAACAGAUUCCUCUACAAAUAGUACACAUGUGCCAACCUGAAAGCUGAGCGGUUUCGGACGGGAAUACGUCGCAUAGGAAAAUCCAUACCAACGAACCCUGGACAAGUGAUGAAGUCAUGAGACCGACAUUCGAUCGACGCCUCUGGAUAUUAUUGUUCAUUAUUUCAGUACAAUGUACCACCUAUACACAACCACAGAAUAUCAACGCCAAGUCAGUGCAGAAAACAAAGCCCUCCGAGCACCGGGAAGCCUUCAGCAGGAGCAGGAGCAGCAGCCCCAGCUGGCCCAGCAUAUCAGUCGGGUCGGCCGAGGAUGCAGUUGACCACCGCGGCGGUGGUAAGCCGGCCAAAUGCGGCAAAAACUGCCAAAAGACCAAGGUCAAGUGGGCCAAGUGGCGGGCGCAGGAGAAGCCGCACCACCAGGCCCACCGCGCCCUGCUGCACAAGGAGGCCAGGCAGAGGCAGCGCCGCGAGACGGAGGAGGACGAGCUGGACUCCCUGCUGCCGGCCAGCUCGACCAGCACCUCCACAGCGGUGGCCACCACAGUCCAGGCCACCAGCACGAGUUCCCUGGCCACCAGGAGCUCGGCCCACAACGAAACCAAGGCCAAGCGGCCGCGGUCCACGCUCCACCUGGCGCCCGAGGACCUGCAGCCCAAGCCCAAGGAGCCGGUGAUCAUCAUCGACGACGUGGAGGAGUUCGACAGCGGAACCAGCACCAGCGACCUGAUCGCGCGGAAGAGCCGCGAGGAGGCGGAGGAGGAGGAGGACGAGGGUCCGCUGGAGCCCAGGGUCCUGCCCCUGCGACCAGUGCCGCCAAACCCCUACGAGGCCGAGGAGAUGUCCGUGGUCUACGCCGAGCAGCACUCCGAGAUCAAGCUGAUGUGCGAGGUGGACCUGGACAUCGCCACCAGCAUGUGGUACAAGAACGGCCAGGUGGUCCACGCCAUGGACCGCACCGCCCGCGUCACCGACUACCGCUUUAUCAAGGAGGCUAAUGGCGCGCUAACCAUCACCAACGUCAUGCUCGAGGACGACGGCAAGUGGCAGUGCGAGGCGGAGAACACGAGGCGCUACACGGAGAACGCCCGACCCGUCAAGCUGGUCGUCCUGGAUCGCCCCAAGCCGCCGUAUCUGCUGAUCGACUCCCGCCGCCUGGACGCCAGCAACCUGUUCGUGCCCGUGAAGGAGAACUCCGAGCUGAACCUGGCCUGCGUGAGCGAGGGCGGCAACCCGCGACCCUCGCUCACCUGGGAGGUGCUCCUCAGCCCCGGCGUGGACCGGCACGCCCAGAAGGUGUCCGCCGAGGUCCUGGAGCUGGAGGAGAUCAAGGGCGAGAAGAUCGACAAGGACGGCUACAAAAUCAACAGUGGGGCGAAGAGCGAGGCCCGACUUCCCGCGGUCUAUAGAGCCCAUCAUAACGCUCGGAUCCUGUGCGUCAUGGAGCAUCCCACGCUGAAAAUUCGACAAAACGCCUCGCUUCUGCUGGAUGUGCAGUACACGCCCUCCUUCGCCAUAUCCCGCACACCUGGCUUCGGCUAUCCGCUCCGCGAGGGCAUCGAGGUCAGCCUCAAGUGCGACGUCGACUCCAAUCCCCCGAGCACUCCGCGCUGGCAGAAGGACGACGGUGACACGCCGGUGCCGCAAACGGGCGAUGGAUUCCUCAACUUCACAUCGAUAAGGCGCGAGCAUUCCGGCUGGUACAAGUGCACGUCCCGGCACCUCAACUUCCAGUACUCGUCGAUUGGCUAUUACCUCAGCGUGCGAUUCGAUUCGGUGGAUGUGACCUCGGAGCCGGAUGAUCAGGAUGUUUCCGUGGCAGCUGCCUCGCACAACCCCAACAAGGGCCAGCUGGAAGUGCAGUUGGGCGGAGCGGUAACCCUGCAGUGUCCUCAAGGCUCCCUGGGCUGCUGGUCGCACUUGGACCCCAUUUCGGCCCGGUUGCGUGGCCUUGGCUACGGCAGCAGCCAGCCCACGGGCCAGUUCUCGCUGAAGGACGUCAUGUACCAGGACGCGGGCAUGUACAAGUGCGUGGGCCAGUCACCCACCAACAAGAAGAAGCUGGAGGUCUUGCAGAGCGUCACGGUCUCCGUGAAGGGCGCUCCCACAGUGACGGCCCUGAAUGCCACGCCCAUCGCCUAUCCGGGAUCGCCGCUGCACCUCAACGUGGAGUUCUGCGCCAAUCCUCCGGCCCACGCCGCUCGUUGGUUGCACGGAGAUCGGGUGUUCACGCCCGGAAACCAGUACGGCAGUACGGUGCUGGCCUACGCGGUGAAGGAUCUGCCCACGCCGUUCUGCAAGGAGGCGCGACUGACCUACGUCAGCAUGCACGAACGGGUUCCGAGGACCUUCUACUUCGUGGUGUCCACGCCAGGUGGCGUUGCCGAGGCGGUUUUCAAUGUCAACUUCACCAAGCGCCACCGACAGCUGUCGAACUCCAUCGACGACGACGAGGAGGAGGAGCUGAACCAGCCGGAGCAGAUCCACUUUCCCGUCUUCAAUGGCAGUCCCGCCAACGGGCGUGGCUGGUGGGCGGUGGUCUCGGCCCUGGUCUUAGCCCCCAUAUUUAGAAACAGUCAUUAGAUUAGGCCGGAUGGUGUGCGAAAGAUAGUUGAGUGAAUGAUUUCUUUGGGAGUGACUGACGCGCGUUUAUUACACCGAUUGUUCUAUGUAAUCUAACCCCUAUGGCUAAGCAUACGUAUGGAUUUACCCAAUUACUCGACAUUACCACGUGGACUAUGCUACACAACUACUACUCUAUAUAGCAAUACAUAUGUGCAUCUGUAACCGAUUUAGCCAAGCAUCAAAAUUGCCGUAGGCUAAGACCCCAGGCCCAUCAGUAUCCUUACAACCACUCUUCUAGAAGCCUGGAAAGGAUUCAACUCUUUAUCCCUAAGCUCUUCGAAUAUUUUACUAUAACCCCUAGCUGUAACGGUAACUUUAACCUUAACCUUAUCGCUGUAUGUCAAUGUGUAUGAGUGUGCGCUUAACUUAAAUGCCAAAGCCAGAUAUCGUAAGGAAAAGUUUACAAUUCUUUGGGAAAACAUUGUUAAAAGUUGAUUAUUACGAAUACUUUAAGUUCCUUUUCGAUAAAGAAGAGAGAUCGAGGAAGUGACUGAUUUUGUUAAAUAUUUUGAAAAUGUUUAGAACUAAAAGCACGAGGAGAAGAACCUAUAGUUUAAAAUGUAUAUGAAGAAGUGAAAGACGAAGUAAUACUUACCAGGCACGAACAAAUUCCUUCCAUUUGAAAAGUUUGCCAAGAGCAAAGAAACUGUAAGAUAUUUUGGAAACGAAAUUAAGCGAAUGAUCAAAAGAGUUUUAACCUAAACAAAUUGGGUUCUAUUAAGCAUUAAAUCGCACCUUUUCGUUUCUUAUGAUUUUCCAAUCGUUUGAAAGGACCAAAAAAAAUCGUUUCCAUUUACUACGAAUAUUUUUUUAACACAAAGUAAGCAUUCAUAAGUAUAGCCCCAAGAACAAAUGAGAGACCCUCCACAUAAGCGAUAAUUGUAUAUACAUAUAUGUUCAAGUAGAGAAUUGCUCAACCCAAAAGAGAAAACCUAAAAUAUACAAAUACUAUAUAAAAUGUGUUAAAUGUUGUUUGAAAGCAAAAAUAAAUCGAUUUAAAUAUCAUACGUAGCAGUUCCACGAGUAAAUUAUACAGUAUUGUAUGUAACAUAACAGACCACACGGCAACUUAAACGUUCGAUUACCAGCUAUUGUACAUUAUUUCAGUUCAAAGACCAGCAAAGAGCCAGCAAAGUCGAUUGCUUGCCACCGAAUUUUUUGUACAAAGCCCAAGCUUUUGUAAUUUAUUUCUUAGACGAUCUAAGCUUCAGAUUAUUCUAUAUCCUAUGCGCAAUACAUACAAAUAUAUAUCGAUAGGCUAAGCGAUCAGUGUAAAAACCAGAAGUACUUAGAAGAACCUAACGCCAAUUUAGCAGCAGAAAUUAAACUUGCAGAGUUCAAAGAAUUCUGGCGAAGAGCAUUGUAAAAUGAUAAGUUUAAAUUGAGGUUACAUUAAUCAUUAAUGCGAAUACGCGUAUAUAGAGGAGUAUGCCCGCCAGCAUACCUAUAUGUGUGUACCCUAUGUAUAGUUCAGUUUAGUGAUUUAGUGAUUUCGCUCCCUGGGUUUAUUGUCAGCAAAAAAUUGCGAAUUGUAAGAACAAAGCAAGCAACAAACACGUCGUCAUGUUAACUAACAAAUAACUUACUAAACAAGUGAAUGGUCACAGUGCGUACUGUAUUUAUGAUUCAUUGUGUUGGUAAUAUUUACAAAAUAUUAUUUAUAACGAAGCCAACAAACAACAAACAGACAUAUAUAACUAAAGAAGUACUAGCUAUAAGUGCAACACAACCCGAAUGUGGCAAAUUAAUUUUAAACCAAUGAGUAAUUACGAUACGAGAGACAGAAUGUUCAUCUGUAGUGCAAAAUGUUUGGAUAAGCGAGACGGGACACUAAUAACCCAUAAAAUUACGAAUACAAAUACAAGUACGAAAUACAACAAUACGUGUUACAAUAAGCAGAAACGGUUUACAUAUAUAAGUCAUAGGCCCAAGAGAAAUGUAAGCAACCACCACCAACAACAACCACAAGGAAAUCACUUUUAGCCGUAAACGAGGCCUCUGAGAGGGCCAGAAUCUCCAGGAUGGGAGUGGAUGCAGCACCGAGCCGACAGCAGAAUCAAAAACUACUCUUAAGCGACCCUGUUCACUGCCCAGCAAUGCAAUAACUCCGGGUUCUUGGCCAGGGUCAGGCCAUCCGGCCAGCCAACUGCGUUUAAGCCAACAUCGCAGGGCAAGUGGCCAGGUGAGGGGCGGGCAUGGGGCAGGGGCAGGGGCAGGAAGGUCUGGUCGGGGCAGCCUGCCGAGGAAAUUUACAAGUUUAAGUGACAAAGCAACAAAACAAAAUAGCCAAUUUAGCAUAAAGUAAAACACAGGCCGAGAGAAUGCAAAUAAAAAUGCAGAUAAAAAUGAAGGGCGAGGGGAGCGGCCAACAGAGAGCAAACAGAAACAAGCGAACACCACACACAACACAGAGAAAUGAAAAUGAACAUGGAAUAAAAUUUAAACGCAGAGAAAUGCAACAAAAA